AUGUCUCUCCCCCCAGCCGACCUCGUCCUCCCGCGCCCCGGCUCCGCGCCGAACCCGCCAAAACCCCCAAUCCCAGCCCCCCCCGAAUCCGCCUUCACCUCAACCUUCGGCGCCCUCCUCCCGCCGGCCCAGUACCUCCACACCCCCGCCGGCCGCGCCGCCUACUACUCCCUCCCCCCCUCCUCCGCCUCCGCCUCCUCCCCCGGCCCUAGCCCCGCCCGCGUCCUCCUCCUCCACGGCGUGCAAACCCCCGCCCUCGGCCUCGUCCCCCUCGCCCGCGCCCUCGCCGCCGCCUUCCCCUCCACGCACUUCGUCCUGCCCGACCUCUGGGGCCACGGGCUGAGCGACACGCCCGUCCUCCCCCACGCCGCGCCCCUAUUCCACGGCCUGCUGGACGCGCUGCUGGACGCGCUCGCAUGGCCGGCCGCCCACCUCGUCGGCUUCUCCUUCGGCGGCGCGCUGGCGGCGACGUAUGCCGCCUCACGGCCGGCGCGGGUGCAGAGCUUCGCGCUCGUGGCGCCGGCGGGGUUGCUUCGCUCGGCGGGCUUCACGGACGAGGAGCGGGGGUACUUGCGCGGUGGCGGGGACGAGGUCGCGGCGAGGAGGUGGGUGCUGCGGUGGCUGGAAGGCGGGGAUUUGGUCGUGCCGGCGGAUUGGAGGGAGCGGGUGGGGCGGGGGGAGGUGGUGGCGGAGGCGGUGCGGGCGUGGCAGAUGCGGGAGCAUCGCGGCCAUGGGGCGAGUGUUGUGGCGGUGUUUAGGGAUGGGGGCACUAUGGAUAGUGAUACAGAGUUUGUAAAGGCAGUGCGGACGGGGAUUCCGGCGCUGGCCGUGUUGGGCGGGCUGGAUGAUGUGUGUAGUGAGCACGAGCUUAGGGAGCUGGGGUUUGUGGAUGUGGCGGUUGUGCCGCAGGCUGGGCAUGGCGUGGUCAGAGAGAGAGUGCCGGAGGUCGCAGCAUUGAUUAGUGAGUUCUGGACGAAACUCGAUAAGGCCAGCAGCGGCUGAAGUAGACGGUAAUGGUAGACGAUGUGAGGAG